UGUUGCUCACAAGACGCUGGUCUAAAACAAUUAUUAAGCAACAGCAAGUGGUCGAGUUCUCGCAGAAAUGCCAAAUCGUGUUCCAUGUUCCUUCCUCUUACGGUAUUGGAGAGUUGGGAGGAACGUCUAGCGUCAAGGGCAGCUGAAAUUUUAGGAAGACUUUCAGGAUUUAACCCACCCGAGACACAUCCAUUCAACCAUGUCAGCACUUAGUGGAAAGGUUCAAACGGUUUUGGGUCUGAUAGAACCUGACCAGCUGGGUAGAACUAUGACCCAUGAGCACCUUUCUAUGACCUUUGAGUGUUGCUACUCCCCUCCUGCCCCCGGAGACAAGACAGUGUCCCAAGACCACAUCCAGAUGAAAAACCUGUUCUGGCUGAAGCAGAACCCUUACAGCAGCCACGAGAACUUGUUGCUGGUGCAGGAGACCGAUGCUGUGCGGGAAGAGCUGCAUGAGUACCGAAAGGCCGGCGGGGGAACCAUCGUAGAAAACACCACCCAGGGCAUUGCCCGAGAUCUGCCCUGCCUCAAACAACUGGCCAAGGAUACAGGCGUCCACAUCAUAGGAGGGGCGGGGUACUAUGUAGAUGCCACCCACACUGAGGCCACCAGGAAGAUGACCGUGGAGAAGCUCACCGACAUCAUCGUUAGUGAGGUUCUUCAUGGGGCAGAUGGGACUGAGAUCCGCUGUGGCGUGAUUGGAGAGAUCGGAUGCAGCUGGCCUAUCACGGAGAGCGAGAAGAAGGUGCUGCAGGCCACUGCACAUGCUCAGACCGAGCUGGGCUGCCCAGUCAUCAUCCACCCGGGACGGAACCCUCGUGCCCCGACUGAGAUAGUCCGCAUCCUGGAAGAGGCUGGAGGUGACAUCUCCAAGACGGUCAUGUCACACCUGGAUAGGACAAUAUUUGACAAUGGAGAGCUGCUAGAGUUCGCUAACUUGGGAAGUUAUCUUGAAUAUGACCUGUUUGGAACAGAGAUGCUGAACUAUGUUUAUAACCUGGAAGUGGACAUGCCCAGUGACAGCCAGAGAGUCAAGACGUUGGCUUUCCUGGUCCAGGAGGGUUAUGAGGACAACAUUGUCAUCGCCCACGAUGUCCACACCAAGAACCGUCUAACCAAGUAUGGGGGCCACGGCUACUCACACAUCCUGAAGAACAUUGUGCCCAAGAUGCUGAGCAGAGGGAUCAACCAGACCCAAGUGGACAAGAUCCUCAUAGACAACCCCAAACGCUGGCUGACAUUCAAAUGAAGUAUCACAAUCAGAUCACACAGGACAGAAGAAGGCUGCUACUUAGGCCUUUGUAUUUUUCAUAAGCUAUUCAUACAUGAAUUGAAGUGUAUUAUGGGGAGGUAAAUUGGGGGGAAAACCUUGAGUUGUUGAACACAAUCCACAUUGUAAUAGGUAGCUUCAAAUCUUUAUUUUAAUUUAUUUCACAUAAUUAGAGCCCUAAGAAUAAAAGCUUUAAUGAUUAUUAAUAAUAAUGAAUAAACAAAACCAUCCAUCUAAACCAAUGCUACUAGAUACAAAAAGCCUUCAUUUCUAUUCAUUUCGCUGUCAUUCUCUCUUUGAAAAUAAUUUGUAGUCUAAUUAUGUAGCGUGCCAAUAUUAAGAAAAACAAAUAUAAGUAGACAAAGCAUUUCUGCCCAUACCAAAUUCAAGGACAUGGACUGCACAUUGUCUCCACAUUCAUAAAUAUGGUACUGAUUAGUUUUAUAGGAAGCCAUAUUUUUCUGCAAUAAUGACAAAAGUAGUUAGAUUCAAAGUUUCAUAAGGAUAUGUUUGUAUUGGUAAAAGAUAGGGUAUGAAAUGAAACAAAAAUAAAACUUUCCCCCAAAAAAGGUU